GGCGUUUCCCAUGGAACUCCUGCCGUGACCGGGAGCUAGCGUGCAGCACCCGUCCAUUAGCAGUAACGACACCACGACAGACUGCACCAUCUGCUGCUGAGAAGACAUUUUCUAACGCUGUCAUUCACUGGACACAAGAGUCACCACGGUCUCUAGAGCAACAAUGCCUCCCCCAAUGCGCCACCGCUCCAUGCGCGUCUUCAUGAACGAUGACCGACAUGUCAUGGCCAAACACUCUGUCAUCUACCCAACUCAGGAGGAACUGGAAAGUGUACAAAACAUGGUGUCCCACACAGAGCGGGCCCUCAAGGCUGUCUCUGACUGGCUGGAUAAACAGGAGAAGGGAACUACUAAAUCUGACUCAGAUAGCACAGACACUGAUAAGGAAAGUGAGCACAAAGAUCAGGCCACCCGCUCUCUGCGUGGCGUGAUGAGGGUGGGCCUGGUUGCCAAGGGCCUGCUGCUGAAGGGGGACCUGGACCUGGAGCUGGUGCUCCUCUGUAAAGACAAGCCGACCAUCAAUCUGCUGAAGAAAGUGUCUGAAAACCUUGUUUCACAGCUCAAGGUGAUCACAGAAGACAAGUAUGUGGUGACUCAGAAUGUCCGCGAGGCCAGUAUAGUCAUCAAGAACACCAAGGAGCCCCCUCUCACCCUCACCAUUCACCUGACCUCCCCUUUGGUUCGUGAGGAGAUGGAGAGGGCUGCUUCUGGAGAAUCGCUUUCAGUCAACGAUCCCCCGGAUGUUCUGGACAGGCAGAAAUGCCUAACUGCCUUGGCGUCUCUCCGCCACGCUAAGUGGUUCCAGGCCAGAGCUAACGGGCUGCGCUCCUGCGUCAUCGUCAUCCGGACCCUGAGGGACCUCUGCGCUCGCGUCCCCACAUGGGCCCCGCUUCGUGGCUGGCCACUGGAGCUGAUCUGUGAGAAAGCCAUUGGCACAGGGAACCGGCCCAUGGGGGCAGGAGAAGCUCUGCGGAGAGUUUUGGAGUGUUUGGCUUCAGGAAUCCUCAUGGCUGAUGGUGCUGGAAUCUCCGAUCCUUGUGAGAAGGAGGCCACAGACGCCAUCGGUCACUUGGACUUACAGCAGAGAGAAGACAUUACAGCGAGUGCACAACAUGCCUUAAGGCUGUCGGCUUUCGGACAGCUUCACAAAGUGCUUGGGAUGGAUCCCCUUCCCUCAAAGAUGCCCAAGAAACCACGUAGUGAGACUCCUAUUGAUUACACAGUGCAAAUCCCACCCAGUACGGCAUAUGCACCACCAAUGAAAAGGCCCAUUGAGGAAGAGGAGGGAAUUGAUGACAAGAGUCCAAAUAAGAAGAAGAAAAAGCUGCAGAAGAAAUCUCCAGAAGAGAAGGCUGAGCCCCCCCAGGCUAUGAACGCUCUGAUGAGGCUCAAUCAGCUGAAGCCAGGUCUCCAGUACAAACUGGUAUCUCAGACCGGCCCAGUUCAUGUUCCAGUUUUCACCAUGGCUGUAGAAGUGGACGGCAAGUCUUUUGAGGCUUCUGGUCCAUCCAAACGCACUGCCAAACUGCACGUAGCUGUAAAGGUCCUCCAGGACUUGGGCCUGCCCACAGGAGUGGAACUAAAGACUGCUGAGCCGGUGAAAUCAGAGGAGGCGGUCGUAGCUGCCGCUGUGGAAGAAUUGAGGCCAAUCGUUACACCCAUAGAAACUACCACUACUGCCACAGGAACAGCCAAUGCAGACGCCACUGACGCUGCAGAGACUGCUCGCCAACAGGGACCAAUCCUGACCAAACAUGGCAAGAACCCCGUGAUGGAGCUGAACGAGAAGCGCCGCGGCCUGAAGUACGAGCUCAUCUCAGAGACCGGCGGCAGCCACGACAAACGCUUUGUCAUGGAGGUGGAGAUCGACGGUCAGAAGUUUCAGGGGACAGGAUCCAAUAAGAAGGUGGCCAAGGCUUACGCUGCCCUGGCUGCAUUGGAGCGGCUCUUCCCCGAGGGCUCUAUGGCCGAAGCUGCUAAGAAGAAAAAGGGUCCACCCAUGCACGCUCCAGGCUUCGGCAUGAUGGGAGCCUCCGGAGGUGGAGACGCUGCUUCACCCAGGGGCAGAGGGCGAGGAGGACGAGGUCGUGGAAGAGGCCGAGGCUUCAAUAAUGGAGGAGGCUACGGCCAAGGAGGUGGUUUCGGCUCAUAUGGUUACGGGAACAAUGCUAACUCUGGAUACAAUUACUACAACAAUGGUGGCACAAACGGAGGAGCCGGUGCGUCCAGCAGCCCGUCAGGUGGCCCUCCAGCCAGCACAGUUCCAGGAUCAGCUCAGGGCUCCUAUGGUUCAUACUACCAGAAUGACGGAGCCUACACUGCCACUGCUGCCGCCAAAAACCCCAAAAAGAAACCCCCCAUGCACAAGGGAGGGAAGGCACCUUUUCCAGGUCCCCCUGGGGCCAACAGUGGAUCUGCAGGAGGGUACCAGUCCAGCAGCCCCCCAGGACAGGGCUCCUAUAACCAGUACAGCCAGGGCUACGGGCAGGGGAAGAAGAAUUUCAACCAGAACCAGGGGGGGACGGGAGGAUACUCGUACAGCACUGCCUAUCCAAGCCAGGUGACGGGGGGUGCUGGAGGCAGCCAAGACUACAGUUAUGAAGGUUUCAACAGUCAGUCCAAUUACAACUCACAGGGCGGAGGAGGCAACACCCAGGGCUUCGGCUCCAACCACUCUCAGUACCACAACCCAGUGGGCUACGGCAGGGGCGACGGCAGCAUGAAUUACCAGUACAGAUAGACUCUAUCUCUGCGUCUGUGAAUCGUCGGCACCAAGUACCCUGCGUCCGUGUCUCGAGCCUUCUCCAAAGAAAGUGAUUGACGGCUUGCCUGUGCUCUCUGCCUUUUCCAUGUUUGCUUCUUAUGUGCUUUUGGGUUUAUAUGUAGCACAUGUGGGCACAAACUGAGUUGUCUGGACUUUGUAAGAGUCAGAGCUGAGUUGCAGCUGAAUUUAGUGGUCUGUGUCAGUGGUCUGGUCAGUGCUUAGUCUUGUGUUUUUAGGUUAUUUUAAUUUUUAUUUUUUAUCUAUGCUACCAGUCCUCAUCCUCAUCACUAAAUAUGAAGGCUGAUUCUACAGAUUACUCACUCACUAGCUCUGACUUGGUUUCCUUUCUUAUAAAGAGUUGUGUGGCGACAGCCUUGUUUUUUUUUCUCUCAUGUGAAACUAGUAAAAUCUUGUAGUUUUAAACUGCAAAGGUUGUUGUAUGUUCUUUUGUUUGUUUUUUGUAAUAACUGAAUAGACCUGAAUAGCUUGUUCUUUUCAGCAUUGCUUGUAAUUUCGGCUUAUUUUGUAAUUUACAUAAUGUGAUGUAGUUAUUUUAAUAAAUGGUUUUGGAGAUUA